GGGGCGCUCGCGCUCAUUACUGUUCCGCCGGCCGGCCCUGCGCACGCAACUCGCGCUCCUAACGCGAACAAAUACACCGACGCACUACCUACGAUGUUGCCUCUCAUCUCUCGUUACAACGAGAUGGUUUCAAAGUCGUGUAUCUGGCUCGUCGCAGCGGCUCUUUUAGCCGCUUGCGGCGUUAGUGCAGGCGUCGGAAGUAAGCGGCCCUUCACGCCGACUGAUUCGAUUUUGGAUAUAAUCGACACCGAACAAGUCGAAAGGAUGCUAGCGGCUCGACGACGAACGGAAGAAGCCACCGGAUCUUCCGCUUCCUACGUUCAAAGAAAUGAACUCGGCGAAGGAAGCUCGGAGACUAUGGUGGUAUCGAUGCCGGAUCAAGAAGAGGCUACCGAAAUACCUAAAGGCGCUGCGUUUAGAAAUAUUUUAAAGUCAUCAAAAAACGCGCUUAUCGUCACUAAAAAGGAGUAUCUCAAGGAAGAUUGGUGUAAAACCGAACAAUUAAUACAAAAAAUCCGUGAGCCUGGUUGUUUGCAAGCGACAGUGAUAAAUAAUUUCUGUUAUGGACAGUGCAAUUCGUUUUACAUUCCGAAGAAUCCGAGGCGCCGGGAGACCAACGACGAGCGCCCUCCGCCCGCGUUCAAGUCUUGCUCGUUUUGUAAGCCGAAAAAGUUUACUUGGAUUACUGUCACGCUUCGUUGUCCAAGUCUGAACCCACCAUAUAAACGAAAGCGUAUACAAAAGAUUAAACAGUGCAAGUGUCUACCGGUCGGCGUGAACUGAUAGAUGCAGUGUACGUCAGACCCUCCACAACAGAGGCGGCCAAUCCGUCCAGUUCAACGUCUCAGGUGCGCCAAGCACAUGAGGACAUCUGAAAGGAGUUAACAGGAAUCGAUACACAAAUAUGACGGUGACGUGUGGAAUAAUGAUGUAAUUAGCUGAUGCUUCGAUAAGUAAUUACCGCUUGUAUAACGAGUAGGAGCCGGCAAGCGGUAAGCAUACAGGCCGGCAUAAGUAUUCUAUUCGCGAGCUCACAUACGUCAACAGAGAUGACGUCAUGUGAUGCAUAUAUUAGGCGAUAAAUUUUGUAAUACUGUGAUUGCAAGUCGUCAAGCAGUUUUAAUUGUCUUUAGUGAUACUGUUUAAUUGGACACUACAAUUCAUGUGACCUUGUAAAUGUUUGACAGCAAUUAAUAAGUGCAAACGAACAGUGGAAAUCUGUGUUCAUUGCGUUAAUAGUAUGGAAACUAUAACGUAUAAAGAGCAAUUAUACGAAUAAUCAUGUGAUAUUAGUAGUAGGAUAUAAUAAAAGUGAAAAUGGGACGCUGAUUCUAUUUCAAGCAAGGCACGUUUCGAUUCAUAACUUGGUUGAAUAGAAGUUACUUCUAUAACAAUAUAAACAUUAAUGAAAUUCGUGAUCUCUAAUUUCUUCCAAAUAAUAAUAAAUUGAGUGAUAAA